AUGGAUCGUUUGGACGUCGACCAGCCGCGUGUUCCUCGUUUAGAGCAUGGCCUCGAUCGCGUUCUCUUUAACCCAGGCGUUCACACAUUGCAAGAUAGGCGCUCGAGGGUCUACAACUUCGAUCCAUACCUCCAAAAGAUCAUGCCGGUCACAGAGUUUGAUUAUGAUGCUCUGACUGCCUACAAGACUUCUUCCCAGGACAAUUUCCUGUCAGAAUUUGCCAAAAAGCACGGCAAGAAAUAUGUUGGCUCUACCUCGAGCAUGACAAGCACACUGGCUCACUUCCACUACCUUCUCUCCGCCUGGCGCAAAAUCAACACGGACAUGUUAUCCAGGGAUUUUCCCGACACAUUGCAAAGCUUCACUGCACUCAAUCGUACACCCACAUUCAUGUUCUUAAGACGUAAAGGUGACACUUACGCUAUCGAUGCUGACAAGGAAUUCGAUGGUGCCAAUGUCCUUAUGUUGCUUGGAAGAUCCAUGGAGAAACUCAUGACUUUGCCAACCUCCGAGUUUGAGAGGUACAGAAAGGACAAGUCCGACGGAAUUUCUGAGGUUGAGCGAAACAAACCCGAAGCUUACCACUACUCCUCACUCGGUGACUUCUUGCUUCGAUCGCAGUUGGACGCUCAAGAUGAUCGUCUACCUGGAACUGGCAUGUUCGAUAUCAAAACGCGCGCUGUCCUUCCAGUCCGUAUGCGCUCUGGUGACCACGAGCCAAUGACCGGAUAUGAGAUUAGCCAAGCUCAAGGUCAGUAUGAGAGCUUUGAGAGAGAGUAUUACGAUAUGAUGCGCGGUACUGCACUCAAGUAUUCUCUGCAAGCUCGCAUGGGACAUAUGGACGGCAUUUUUGUUGCGUACCACAAUGUCAAGCGCAUCUUUGGCUUCCAGUACAUCAGUAUGAGUGAGCUUGAUCAAGCUCUUCACGGAACACCUGAUACCACUUUGGGCGACCGUGAAUUCAACUUGAGCAUCGGCUUGCUAAAUGAGAUUCUGAACAAGGUCACCGAGAAGUUCCCUGAUCAGUCUAUUCGUUUCUGCUUCGAAACCAAAGCCGCUGAAGUCCUUCCAUCCAUGCAUAUAUAUGCAGAGCCCAUGAGUGAAGAGGAUAUUGACACGAUUCAGAACUCACAAAAAGAAAAGAUUGCCAAGUGGGAACGUAAUUUGCGUGAUCCAGCGUACAAGCUGAAACAGCAACAAGCCGACGAUCUGGCCAAGGAAGACGACGACGCCGCCAAUGGCUUUGGAGAUUCGAGCAGUGAUUUGGUUCAGGAAUCCGCUAAGAAGGAGGUGUCACAGGCUGAACCAGCGUCAACUUCGUCUGAAGCCGGGUCAGAGACGACCGUUGCACAGGAUUCAAAGGGCACUGGAAAAGAUACAAUCGUCAAGGAUAUUGAAAAUGUCUCCACGGCUUCAGAGUCAGAAGGAGAAGUGGAACCAGACGAAGACAAGCCAAUUCUAGGGUUGGUACUCACGGUGCGUUCCAAAGUCAACGACGAAUACGUCGAACGGCCAGAGAACCUCAGGAAACACCAGAACUGGACUAUCGACUACAGCUUGACCGAAAAAUCAGAUCAGGUGGCACGGAGAGAAUACGCAGGAGCUAAGGUCCGACGCAAGAAGACAUAUGCAAAGCUCAACAGCAACCUCGACAAGACAGAUCCCGACAGCACAGAGUCGAGUUACAAUAUUGCCUAUAUCGAUAUGCUGAAGGAACUCAGUGAGAAGGGCAGAAAGAUGAGGGCUGGAAUUGAUCAAAAGACAGCGAACCAGCCGAAGAUCGUGGUUGGUAUGCCAUAUGUCAAGCCUGAGAAGAGUCAGAAUGUGGACACAGAUGAUGUGAGCAUCGAGCGUGUAGGCGAUUAUUUGACAUGGCUUUACAAACAAAAGCCAUCUUCCGCUGAGGAGGCAUGA